GGAGAUUACGUGGAUCAGUGUGGGUUUGAUACCCGUUCUGUCGAGGCGAUUCUAAUAAUUAGUACGAAAAAUAAAGAUAGUUUUAAAAUUUUGCGGAAAAAUCGUCAAAUUCGACGGAAUUACAUUGUUACGAUGGUGAUCAUAUAUCGGGUUCAUAAUAUCAAAUCAAAGUUUUGCUCUGUGAUGAUUUUACUUUAUUUGCUGUCUGUGAUGGUAUUGUCAAUUCAAGGGGAAGAAGCAGAUAUAAAAUUUCCGGAUGGAACCAUGGCUAAGCCAAGAUGCAAGGGGAACAGAACCGACGUUUACUGCAAUGUUGUAGAUAAUUAUCCAGCAGCACAUUUGGAGAAACUUAUAGAAGCAGAUUCCAAAAGAUUUACAGAGUUGUUCGGCGAGGAUUUGCUUCUAGUUGAUUUUGCCAGUAAGUUCGAUCGUCCUGGAGAGGAAUCACUUUGUCGUCACGUUGAACAGUUAAUAUUCCCACAAGAAGCCAUCAAUCAUGAAGAUCAAUGGAAGGUCAUAAUUAACUUUGGCAACUAUAAGCAGGGAAUUCGAAUAGAGCGCUGCUUAGGUGCUGGUGAAAACUGCAUGAUGACUGAAAGUUUCCCGAAUUAUUACAAAACAGAGUGCAGACAAAUCUAUGUUUAUCGACCACUUUUAACAUUAGAUAAAUUAGGUGACGAUGCGAAAAUCGUCAAGGAACAGUUCAGAUUUCCUGGCGGUUGCAAAUGUAUUUUGAAAAAACCGGAAUUGCCAUAAAAAAUGUAAAAUUAUUAUAUUCACAUAUUGUUGAAA